AGAAAUUCCCCGUUUUCCCUCUUCAGUUUGGAUAUUUUUUACGAAUUUUAGAGACACGGGAAACAUCAUGACGUUAAGCUCCUUGUGUAGUUUUCAUCUGUGAAAUAUUCUCAAAGAGGAGAGGUGCAGUAUGGCAGAGGGCGAGGAAGCCAUGAGUCAGGAGGACUGGAAGGAGAAAUGUUUGGUCCUGGAGGCACUUCUCAUGAAAUUUAGAGUGCAGAUCAUCAAGAUCCGAGAACUCACCGCUGACAAGAUUCAGCAGCUGGAGACUCAGGUGAUUGAUGCAGAGAAACGAGCCUUCACUGCUCAGCAGCAGGCACAGUGGAUGGAGGAGAAACUGAAAGCUGCAGAUGGUCCGUCAGGAGACUCAGAGGUACGUUUGUUCCAGCGAUGUCAGGAGCUGCAGGAGACGCUGCAGGAGAGGGAGGAGGUCAUCGCUCAGCUGGAGCUCCAGCUAGAGGAGCAGAAACAGAACCGACUGCAGGAUGCUAAAACAGUGGAGGAGAAAGCUGCUAAGAUCAAGGAGUGGGUGAUGCUGAAACUGUCAGAGUUUGAGGUGGAGAACGCAGCGUUAAGAGAAUCAAAGAAGCAGCAGGAGGCUCAGAUCGAGGAGUUACAGAAACAAGUUCAAGCUUUUGAGCAGAAGAGUGCAGUUGGAGUGGUCAAAGGAGUCCUGAACAGACCUGGUGAGGCUCAGCGUCUCAGCAGUCUGACUUUUGGAUGUUUCCAGGUGAGGGGGAAGAAUCCGCAGGUAAUGACAGGCCCUGCCCCCUCUCAGAGGACCCUCAGCACCCAGGGAGAGACUGAUGAACUGGAUAAAACAGAGAGAAGCGCUCCUCACUCCUCCUCAGGAUCAGACUCUGAGCUUCUUAGACCUGAUCAUGCUGGGAUCCUGCAAGAGGACAGCGCCUCUGAGAGUCUGGGGGAGAACACAGCUGAGUCCAGGGGCGUCUCUUCUGUGCUCUCCAGCGCUGCAUCAGAGGGAGAGGGAGUUGGAGGGGGUGAGGGCAGGGGAGGAGGGCUGGAGUUCAGCCGGCCAGGCAGUGAGACGUACCUGACAGCCUCUGACGACAGCAGCUCUCUGUUUGACGAUGACAUGCAGCGAGCUGAGCAUCCCCUCCUCAACCUGCAGGGACCGCCAGAGGACACAUUGGGAGGGAGUCAGGAGGAAAGGGGGGAGGCUCAGAAGGAGGAUUGCCCAUCUGAGGAGCUAAACAAACGCUUUAAGUCACACAGACUCGACUCUUCAUCCUCCUCCAGUGAAACGAACACAUCAAGCCCCGUCCUCACUCCCGCCCUGACCCCAAAACGACCCAAUCCACCCCAGGACCCCAAGGACACACCUGCCUCCCCCAAACAGCCCCGCCUGCGGACCCCAGCAGGGUUCAGUCUGAUGAACGUGUCUCUGGCUAAGAAACACCUAAGUCAGCCUCCGAUCUGCCGAGAAGCCUCUCACGGACAAACACGCAAUGCUCUGAGCAUGCUCCGCCCGCUCCGUCCCCACGAGACAAACCUGGACCAGGAGCAGGAGGUUGUCAUGGAGAUGGGGAAGGACACACUCACUCUUUCAGCCCUGCAGAGCUCACCUGGUUCUCCGGAUCCUGGUGCAGAGAUCAAUGCAGAGAGAGAGGAUGUUGAUAGCUCAGCCCCUGGGAACAAACCUCCUACACCGCCACUCCACAGACUGCCCUCCUGGGAAAGUCGUAUCUAUGCUGUGGCUAAAUCUGGAAUCAGACUGUCGGAGACAUCCUGUUCAGACGCUGCCAGUAAAGACUCAUCCGGGCAGUCCUCUUAUCCAGCCUUUGUCAUGUACACCUCCCUCAUCUAUAAAAACAUGACCACACCUGUGUACACCACUCUGAAGGGGAAGGCGACCCUGCUGAGCAGCAGUCCAUUCUCUGAUGAGUCCUCGAGCUCCGACGAGUCCUCUAGCUCAGGAGAGGAGGAUGGCUCCGUCUGCAGUUCUCGCACCUCCUCCAGCUCCCGCAAAGACAGCAGCCCAGGCAGUCCACGCUCGCUGAAGAGGGCUGUAUCGAUGUCCUCAAUGACAUCAGAGAGCGACUAUGCCAUCCCUCCUGACGCUUACUCGACGGACACCGAGUGCUCUGAACCCGAACACAAACUCCCAAAGACCUGCUCCUCAUCCACUGACAACGGCAAGACAGAGCCGAUGGAGAAGUCGGGCUACCUGCUGAAGAUGGUGAAGACCUGGAAGAAAACAUGGAAGAGACGCUGGUUCGUCCUGAAAGAUGGAGAACUGCUCUACUAUAAAUCACCUAGUGAUGUGAUCAGGAAACCUCAGGGUCAGAUAGAGGUCAACGCCAGCAGCAGCAUCGCACGUGGAGACGGGAAACAAAUCCUCCAGAUCGUGACGGGAAAACGCGUGUACUACCUGAAGGCCGACUCUCCUAACCUGCUGGAGGAGUGGCUCAGGACACUAUUGAGCGUGCUCAGGCUGAAAGCUGCCAGUCCGCUUUUUACUCAGCCUGACAUCAGGCCCAGCAUGAAGGGGCUGCUCAUCAAGGUGAAACAUGGAUACUCAAAGAGAGUUUGGUGUGCUCUGAUUGGAAAAACGUUGUAUUAUUUCCGCAGCCAAGAGGACAAGUUCCCUCUUGGUCAGAUCAAAUUAUGGGAGGCCCGGGUGGAGGAGGUCGACGGGUCGAGAGACUCCGAUGAUGACCUAAAAGCAUGCGGCCGUGGCUUACAGGGGACGCCUUUUACCAUCGCCAUCCAACCCCAGGAGCAGGGGCCAACCUACCUGCUCAUCGAAAACAAACAGGAGAAGGACUCGUGGCUCUUCCAUCUCUCUGUGGCUGCAGGAACCUCAGCGGGAACAUUUGGCACUGACUUUGAACAGCUGCUGGGAAAACUCUUCAAACUGGAUGGAGAUCAGAACUCUCCGAUCUGGAGACAUCCAGUGUUGUGUUUCAGUAAAGAAGCUCUGUCAUCUCCUCUCACCACGCUGCCUUCACUGGCUCUGCAAACAGAGGCCGUUAAACUCUUUAAGACUUGUCAGCUUUUUAUCAACGUGGCGAUUGACGCCCCUGCCAUCGAUUACCACGUGUCUCUGGCUCAGAGCGCCCUGCAGGUGUGUCUGACCCACCCCGAGCUGCAGAACGAGCUCUUCUGUCAGCUCAUCAAACAGACCCGCAGGAGGCAGCCGCACGGCCAGCCUGGACCCCUGCAGGGCUGGCAGUUCCUCGCUCUGUGUGUGGGCCUCUUUCUGCCCCAGCAUCCCUUCCUCUGGCUGCUACAGGUUCACUUGAACAGACAUGGGGACUCCAGGACUGAGGUGGGUAAAUACGCCAUCUACUGCCUGCGCUCCAUGGAGCGGACUCAGCAGAAAGGAGAGAGGCAGGCCAGGCCGUCCCGUAUGGAGAUCUUGUCCAUCCUGCUGAGGAACCCUUACCAUCACUCUCUGCCCUUCAGCAUGCCUGUCCACUUCCUCAACAACACCUACCAGGUAGUGAGCUUUGAUGCUUCAACCACGGUUGAUGAGUUUCAGUCUCGUCUGAAUCAGGACAGCGGCAUGAGGAAGACCGGACUAUCUGGCUUCAGUCUGUACACAGACGACCCGACCGGGCGAGAGCUGGAGCACUGCCUGAAGGGAGACGUCAAGAUUUGUGACAUUAUCUCUAAAUGGGAGCAGGCCUCAAAAGAGCAGCACACGGGCAAAUCAGAGAACACCCGGACGGUCCGUCUCACCUAUAAGAACAGGUUGUACUUCUCUCUUCAGGUGAGGGGCGAGUCUGAGAGGGAGAGGCUGCUGCUGGCUUAUCAGACCAAUGAAGCCAUCGUAGCGGGACACUUCCCGGUCAACAAGGAGCUCGCUUUAGAGAUGGCCGCCCUACUGGCUCAGGUGGAGUAUGGGGAUUUUGAGCGUCCCUUCUCUGCUCCUGGAUCAGCCCAGACCAAGUCAAACCAGACCCUGAAGCAGGUUCUGGACCGAUUUUACCCCAAACAUUACCGCAGAAGCACCUCUGAGGAGCUGCUCAGAGUGCUGCUGCAACGUCUGUCUGCCCGCUGGGCCUCCCUCAGGGGUCGGACUCCAUCAGAGUGCAUCAGGAUCUACCUGACUGUUGCCAGGAAGUGGCCUUUCUUUGGUGCCAAGUUAUUUGAAGUAGAGUCCAUCACUGCGUCUCCUCAGCAGGGUGUUCGUGUCUGGCUGGCCGUGCACGAGGACGGUGUCAGUGUUUUGGAGCACAACUCUAUGAAGCCGUUGGUGUCCCACCCUUACAGGAGCCUGAUGACGUUUGGAGGCUGCAGACAGGACUUCAUGCUGGUGGUGGGACAGAGCAUUGGGACCACCAGCAGCAAAGACAAACCCACAGAGAAACAUUUGUUUGCUAUGGAUGCUUCCAAGAUCCGUGAGAUCACUCUUCUCAUCUCCAGUUACAUCAACAGCGCUCACCAGCAGAAGGCCGCCGCCCACCACCUGUCAGCCCCCGCCCUCAUGGUUGCUCAGCCCAUCAGUCUGAAGAGCAAGGAGCUGCGGAGUAAAUCCCCUCCAGCACUGGGACGGCCCAGCAAGGCCCCCACCCUGCUGUGACGUGACCAAAAGAACAGAAAGAUUCGAUUGACUGAGAUAUUGAAAAAUUAAUGAAUUGAUGAGGUGUAGUUUUACAGAUGACACAGACUCCUCCUCUACAUGCCUUGCUAGGGCAGAUCCAUCCCUGCAAUGAAGAAUGCGGGGCAUACUGUCUUAUAUUUUUUUAAAUAAAAAAUGACCUGAAGAUAGAAGAAGAAGAAGGGACUUACUGCUUUUAUGGUGGACUCAGACUCAGCAAAAGUCAGCAAAAGUUCCUGUUAAAAACAAGAAGUAAAUACUCACCAGGUUAAUGUCCUGCUUUUAUCCCUUCAUUUAAACCAUGCAGUUCAGGAGUUGGUGAUCCGAGCAUAACAACAGAGCUGCAGGAGUGAAAAGGACCCUGGUGACUUCAUCCGCUUAAAUCUUUCAAAUGUUAACAAAAAUAUGUUCAAUAGAAUAUCACUGUGUCCUUUAAAGCAGCUUCACUGCACGUGGCAAGCAUGAAUACCAAAGAGAGCCACAGGAAUGAUGUGCUUUUAUUUCCAUAAGAGGCGGGCAGGUCAGUUCUGGUAUCAGGCUGGGUUGUUGUUAAUGCAUCGUAUAGACACAAGCUCCAGAAAAGCCGUCCCUUGGUAUCUGACAGGGCUGGUGGGGGCUGAGGGAUGGAGAGAUAAGGGUAGAGGUCGAAGGAUAAAGGUUAGGGGUUGAAUGGAGUUGUAGAAGAGGGAGAAGGUAGACUUGGAUCUCAGGAUUCAGGUGAAACUGAUGAAAUCAACAGGGUUGGGACUCUGUUUUUCAGACCUCGAAGAGACUGCUCCCCUACCCAGAGUCCAUGGUGGUUGCUGUAUUCAAAAAGGAAGGAGGAGAUGAAGAAACGAGAAAAAGUAAAAGGCAAUGGAGGGUGGGAAUGUUGACAUUUAAUCAAAGGGAGGAGAAUGGAUACUGUGUGCUUUACAGAGUUGGAUAUGAUGUGAUAAGAUGGGAGGGAGCAUGGGCCUUAUUCACCAACUGUUCUUAAGAAUUUGUCUCUUUAAACCCUCUCACAUGAGUUUUAUUAUCUGUGAUUUGUUUUUAGCUGAGAACAAAUCUAAACAAAACAAAAUCUAAGAGCACUUCAGAGCACUAAUACAAACAUUUUAAGUGCUGAUAUGAGAGGAUGAAACUGUUUAAUUUUCCACUCCGUGCUCAAAUAAGCUACAGUAAAAAUGACCGUAAAAUUUCAUUUUCUUUUUUUUUUAAUAUAUGUUAUUGGGGCUUUUAUGCUUUUAAUUGGAGAGUUGGACAGUGGAUAGAGUCAGAAACAGGGAUAAGAGCAGUCGUUCUCAACUGGUUGGGCCAUCAUGUCCCACCUUAGAAAUUGCAACUCAGAUUUUUGAAAAUGUUCAACCACUUAAAUUGAUCAAAUAAAAAUGUUGCACCCUAAAGAAAUAAGACAAAAUAAACAUGUUUAAAAGCACAUCAUUACAGAAGGACACACAUGCAUACAUCUUUGUUACUCCAUUUUUCCCAGACAACAAUGAAAUUUGAUAAUUUCCUGAAGAAUUUCUUGGUUAUCUUGGGGAAAUCAGAAGUGUUAUCCUGAGAAAAGGAGAUAAAUGAGUAGAAGGCUUGAGACAAAGACUGAAAUGUACUCAUAAUCAUAGGGUAUAAAUCUACCCUAUGUCCACUCAGGGCUUUUGUCUGGAGAAUUUCUGCCACAAUUUUUUCCUGGUGCACACAUCUGCGGCCAGCUGGAAAGGAUUCAUGGCCCACAUUUGGGUCCUGACCCACCAGUUGAGAACCGCUGGAUUAGAGAGUGGUGGAGAGGCAUGUGGGAAAGGAGCCACAGGCUGGACUUGAACCUGGGCACCCACAUGCAUGGAGCGGGACCUAACCGUGAGGCCAACUGCUCCUUAGUUAGAUAGAAAUUUAAAUUCUGUUUUACAACAUUUUAUCAAUUUAACACAUUUAUAAAAAAAAAAAAUUAUAUAAAAAUGCAUGAAUUAACUGUGGUGAAGUAUGCAUUUUCAGUGUUUGAUCUUGGCUGCAAAAUUUAGCACAUGUAGGAGUUUUAUUGUUAGACCCUUCUUUAAAACAGUUAAACCUAUUGUCUGUGACAUUUAAAUGCAUUUAAAUAAUGUUCCAUCAUUUUAAAGCAUCAGGUUUUAGAAUAAAUGUAUGUUUUAAUGAAAUCACACUUCAAGAAAAUGACCCUAACUCCUAAUAUAUCCUUUCUUAGCUGGAAUGCAUCCUUUUCUUAAUACUGCAUGAUUGCAUGAUGCAAGUCAUAUCUGAUGAAAGCACCAUCUGAACCAGUGAUUUCAUCCAUUUAAUUUUAAUUUCAGGGGCGCAGGUGGCCUAGUGGUUAAAGGUG